UUCGAGGGAGCCUGGAGCCCCUCCCUCUCCCCUCCGCGGGCUCUCCCUGCAGGCGUGUUUUCUUUUUUCCUCAGUGCACCAUCUCACUCUCUCUGUCACGCUCCCUUGUGUGACUUGGCCAGCAUUUUGCGUAGCAGCUUCUAGCUGUACACCUAAGUGGUGCCUCAGGAAUGGCAAGGUCUCCGGGAAGGCCUGGGCUGCGAAGGGCAAAGGGUUGAGGGUGGCGGGGGAAUAGGCUUGCAUUGCUUUGCGGGAUUGAAGGUGCUCAGCAGGGAGAGCUGCGACUCCCUGGGAUUUACUGUAUGAUGACGCACUGUGCUGUACUUGGGCACCAUUUCUUGGAGCGAGCGUGGCCGUCAUGGACAAGAUCUUGGAGGCGGUGGUGACGUCGUCCUACCCUGUGAGCGUGAAGCAGGGGCUGGUGCGGCGUGUGCUGGAGGCCGCGCGGCAGCCGCUGGAGCGCGAGCAGUGCCUGGCGCUGCUGGCCCUGGGCGCGCGCCUCUACGUGGGAGGUGCGGACGAGCUGCCACGACGCGUGGGCUGCCAGCUGCUGCACGUGGCUGGCCGCCACCACCCCGAAGUCUUCGCCGAGUUCUUCAGCGCGCGCCGCGUGCUGCGCCUGCUGCAGGGUGGUGCCGGCCCGCCCGGCGUCCGCGCGCUGGCCUGCGUGCAGCUGGGCCUGCAGCUGCUGCCAGAGGGGCCCGCGGCCGACGAGGUGUUCGCGCUGCUGCGGCGCGAGGUGUUGCGCACCGUGUGUGAGCGCCCAGGGCCCGCCGCCUGCGCGCAAGUGGCCCGGCUCCUGGCGCGGCACCCGCGCUGCGUGCCCGACGGCCCACACCGUCUGCUUUUCUGCCAGCAGUUGGUGCGUAGCCUUGGCCGCUUCCGCUGUCCUUCAGAGGGCGAGGAGGGCGCCGUGGAGUUCCUGGAGCAGGCCCAGCAGGUGAGCGGGCUCCUGGCGCAGCUGUGGCGCACGCAGCCUGCUGCCAUCCUGCCCUGUCUCAAGGAGCUCUUCGCAGUCAUCUCCUGCACAGAGGAAGAGCCACCAUCUAGCGCCCUGGCCAGUGUGGUCCAGCACCUCCCAUUGGAGCUCAUGGAUGGCGUGGUCCGGAAUCUCAGCAAUGAUGACAGUGUGACAGACUCCCAGAUGCUGACUGCCAUCAGCAGGAUGAUUGACUGGGUGUCCUGGCCCCUGGGAAAGAACAUUGACAAGUGGAUCAUUGCACUGCUGAAGGGCCUGGCUGCUGUUAAGAAGUUCAGCAUCUUGAUCGAGGUUUCGCUCUCUAAAAUUGAGAAGGUCUUCUCCAAGCUGCUGUACCCCAUCGUCCGGGGAGCUGCCUUGUCUGUUCUCAAGUAUAUGCUGCUGACUUUCCAGCAUUCCCACGAGGCCUUCCACCUGCUCCUCCCUCACAUCCCCCCCAUGGUGACCUCGCUGAUCAAGGAAGACUCUAACUCAGGGGCCAGCUGCCUGGAGCAGCUGGCCGAGCUGGUCCACUGCAUGGUAUUCCGGUUCCCAGGCUUCCCAGAUCUGUACGAGCCUGUCAUGGAGGCCAUCAAGGACCUCCAUGUUCCCAAUGAGGACCGCAUCAAGCAGCUGCUGGGGCAGGAUGCCUGGACCUCACAGAAGAGUGAGCUGGCCGGCUUCUACCCUCGGCUUAUGGCCAAGUCAGACACGGGCAAGAUUGGUUUAAUCAACUUGGGCAACACGUGCUACGUGAACAGCAUCCUGCAGGCUUUGUUCAUGGCUUCUGACUUUCGACACUGUGUGCUCCGUCUGACUGAGAACAACUCACAGCCCUUGAUGACAAAGCUGCAGUGGCUCUUUGCCUUCCUGGAGCACAGCCAGAGGCCUGCCAUCUCCCCCGAGAACUUCCUCUCUGCAUCCUGGACACCCUGGUUCAGCCCCGGCACCCAACAGGACUGUUCAGAGUAUCUGAAGUACCUGCUGGAUCGGCUGCAUGAAGAGGAGAAAACAGGGACAAGGAUCUGCCAAAAGCUCAAGCAGUCCAGCUUGCCCUCUCCCCCUGAGGAGUCCCCCAGCCCGAGUUCAACCUCUGUGGAGAAGAUGUUUGGGGGCAAGAUUGUGACCCGGAUAUGCUGCCUCCACUGCCUCAAUGUCUCAUCCCGUGAGGAGGCCUUCACUGACCUCUCUCUUGCCUUUCCUCCUCCUGAGCGCUGUCGACGCCGCCGCCUAGGCUCCGUGAUGGUCCCUGCCGAGGAUGUCAGAGCUCCAGAGCUCCCCUCUGUCCCCCGAGCCCAGGUUCCCAGCAGGGUGGGUCCUCGGAGGCAAAGGAAACACUGCAUCACGGGGGACACCCCCCCGACCAUGCUGGACAUGGAAGACCAAGGGCCCCUCAGAACUGAGGAGCAGAGUGGGCGAGAGGAGGAAGGGAAGGAGGAGAAGGUGGAGAGGGAGGAGGAAGGGAAGGAGAUGAUGGUGGUAGAGGAGGAAGAAUUGGGAAAGGCAGAGGAAGAGGAAGGGACAGGAGAAAAGAAAGAGGAAGAGGAAGAGCAAGAGGAAGCAGAGGAGAAAGAGGAGAAAGAAAAAGAGGAAGAAGAGAAGGAAAAAGAGAAAGAGGUGCCUGAGAAGGAAGCAGAGAAGGAAGGGGACAGCCUGGGGCCAGGGACGCGCAGGGAUGUUGCCACCCCCUCCACGGAGCAGCUGUGUGGCCCUGAGGGCUCCCGCUCUGUCCUGGACCUGGUCAACUUCUUCCUGUCCCCUGAGAGGCUGACUGCAGAGAAUCGCUACUACUGUGAGUCAUGUGCCUCCCUGCAGGAUGCAGAGAAGGUGGUAGAGCUGAGCCAGGGCCCACGCUACCUCAUCCUCACGCUGCUGCGCUUCUCCUUUGAUCUGCGCACCAUGCGGCGCCGCAAGAUCCUGGAUGACAUCACCAUCCCCCUGCUGCUCCGCCUGCCGCUGGCUGGGGGCCAGGGUCAGGCCUAUGACCUCUGCAGUGUCGUGGUGCACUCUGGUGUGUCCUCGGAGAGUGGCCACUACUACUGCUAUGCCCGCGAGGGCGCCGCCCGCCCGGCACCUUCCCUGGGAACUGCAGACAGGCCAGAGCCUGAAAACCAGUGGUACCUGUUCAAUGACACCCGAGUGUCCUUCUCCUCCUUUGAGUCUGUGAGCAACGUCACCUCCUUCUUCCCCAAAGACACAGCCUAUGUGCUCUUUUACCGCCAGCGGCCUGGGGAGGGUUCCACGACCGAGCCAGGCUCUCCCAGAGUCGGCACAGAGCCCACCCUCCACAAGGACUUGAUGGAAGCCAUUUCCAAAGACAACAUCCUCUACCUGCAGGAGCAGGAGAAGGAGGCGCGGAGCAGGGCGGCCUAUAUCUCCGCACUCCCUGCAUCCCCGCACUGGGGCAGGGGCUUCGAUGAAGACAAAGAUGAGGAUGAAGGCUCUCCGGGGGGCUGUAACCCUGCAGGUGGCAAUGGUGGUGACUUCCACAGACUGGUCUUCUGAUGUGAGCCCUCCCCAGCCUGUUCCCACCCGUGGGGCACCAUGGCCACCGCCCAGGCCUUGGCCCCUUUCUCCUGGGGGCCGGGUGGUGGGGGCCCAGGGCCCAGGUCCCAGGCAGAGCUGCUGUGCUGGGUGGGGUCUGAGGGGCUGUGGAGGCUGGCCCAGGGCUGAAGGAGGCCCUUCAAAGGGCAAGAAAGAUGGAGAGGGUUUCUGGGUCAUCGGUCCUCAGUCUGAAGGGUACACAGACACCUGAAUGUGGAGCUGAGACCCAGGCCCGGCCCCGAGAUCCGUCCCAUUAGGAUUUACACCCAAGUGUCCUGGCUGACUUGGAGAACCUGGCUGGUCAGGCUCUGGGCUUUGGCUCCCAGCCUCCGCAGGCCCAUCCUGGAGCCUGAGCGGGCUCAGGAGCGUCCUGGCCUCGAGUAGCGCAUCCCUCCCCCAGCUCUUGCUUGAUAGGGUAGAAAGCACAGCGGGACUCAGAGGACGUCAGCCUGAGUCAAGAAGGGGCUGUGUGUUGCCUCUGCUGGGCCCCCCCCUCACAUUUCUCCGAGGGCGUUUGGGCCAGGUAUGUGGGUGCCUUUGGGGAGUUUCUAUCGACUCCUUUGAGGCAUGCAGGUGGGAAGCAGUGUGGCAGGGGAUCAGAGAGGAAUCUUACCUGUCUCUCUCACCUGCCUCCCCUUUCCCCAAGUGCUCCCCCCCCCAGCCUGCCUCAGUGCCUGAAGUGCCACUGUCUGCAUCCCUCUUCUGGUAAAGAUAGAAAGUCUUUAUUUUAUUGCAAAGACAUUUGUUCAUCAGGAAGCCAUCGUCUGUCUGAGGAAGCUGGCUGGCUCGGUUCCUCUGACCUAUUGGCCCUGAGAAGGGU